GGGCAACCACACCCGGCCCCAAAUGUAGCAGCCGCGCCUGCUUCUGCUUCUUUUUCUUCUUCUUCUUCUUCUUCUUCUCCUCCUUCUCCUUCUCCUCUCCGGCUUGUCUUCUUCUCGUCCAUCUCCCCGACCUUGUCGACGGUAGCACAUCUGCAGAGGCACAGGCAGCGGAGCACCGGAUCGUCUUACGACCCCACCCGUGAGAAUUUUCUGUAUCAGCUUUCUCCUCCGUCUUCUUUCCGGCUGCUGCGGCUGCUCUCGUGUCCCUCUGCCACGCGACAUCACCCGAUAUACCCAAUCACCAUGCGCUUGGACGGCGUUGCCCCCCCGCCGGAUGCGGUCGAGACCAAACCUCGCGACGAGAAGGAUGAUGACCUCGAGGACCUCAAGGCGGUCGGAAACACCCCGGAGGUGGACGCCUUUGGUGACGAGGCCAACGCGGAGGUCAAGUACAAGACCCUGAAGUGGUGGCAAUGUGGAAUGUUCAUGAUCGCAGAAUCGGUGUCGCUGGGAGUCUUGUCGCUGCCGGCCACCAUGACGGCCCUGGGACUGGUUCCUUCUCUCAUCCUGAUCAUCGGCCUCGGUAUCCUCGCGCUCUACACCGGCUACGUCAUCGGCCAGUUCCGUGAACGACACCCCUACAUCCACAACCUCGCCGAUGCGGGCGAGAUCCUCAUGGGCGCCUUUGGGCGCGAGCUGUUUGGACUCGGCCAGAUUCUCUUCUCCAUCUUCAUCAUGGGGAGCCACAUCGUCACCUUUACCGUCAUGAUGAACACCAUCACCGACCACGGUACUUGCUCCAUCGUAUUCAGUAUUGUGGCGUUUGUCAUCUGUCUGGUCCUCUCGCUGCCUCGCACUAUCAAGAACUUGACCUACAUCUCCACAGCCUCUUUCCUGAGUAUCUUUUCCGCGGUAAUGAUCACCAUGAUUGGGGUUGGCGUGCAGUACAAGGGCGGUGAGAACAUUAGCAUUACCACCGACACGACCCUGUACACGGCCUUUAGCGGUGUCACCCAGAUCAUGUUCGCGUACUGUGCCCACGUCGCCUUCUUCGGCUUGAUCGCCGAGAUGGAGGAGCCCAAGGACUUCCCCAAGGCCCUGUGUCUGCUGCAGGCCUUUGAGAUCUGUCUGUACGUGGUGGCGGCCAUUGUGAUCUACUACUACGUGGGCAACGGCGUAGCCUCUCCAGCCCUCGGCUCGGCUGGGCCAGUCCUCAAGAAAGUGGCGUACGGCAUGGCUAUUCCCACGAUUAUCGGCGCGGGUGUGGUGAAUGGACACGUCGGUCUCAAGUACAUCUACGUGCGUCUCUUCCGGAACUCCGGGCGUAUGCACAAGAACGACUGGAUCUCGGUGGGCUCGUGGCUCGCCAUUGGCGUGACCUGCUGGGUGAUUGCCUGGAUCAUCGCCGAGGGCAUUCCGUCCUUCAGCAACCUGGUCAGCUUGAUCAGCUCGCUGUUUGCGAGUUGGUUCAGUUUCGGACUGCCGGGAGCGUACUGGCUGCACAUGAACUACGGCCAAUGGUGGUCCAGCCCGAGGAAGUCCGCGUUGACCAUCCUCAACAUGGUGAUCUUUGCCAUUGGUGGCGCGAUGUGUGGUCUUGGUCUGUAUGCAUCCGGCAAGGCGAUCCACGAUGAUUCGUCCCGGAGCAGCUUUUCCUGUGCCAACAAUGCGUAGACGGUGAUGAAAAUAACAUGAGCAGACGACUAAUGGUGCGAGGAGAUUUAAUGUAUAUAAGAGCAAGCCAUAAAUAGUAUCUUUAUAAUGUGCGGAGCACAUCAUCAUCU